AUGUGGAGAUGUGGACCAUACCCACAGUAUGAAGGGGUCAAUGCACAGAACAGGUUCAGCAUUCUUGCCUUUGUUAUGCAGCGCUUCAAUACCCAGAUCGACAGCUAUCACAAACAUGCGCUGCAUGCCUUGUGUCAAGCUGCAGUUAAAGUGAGUACAGCUGGUUUCCACCUGCACCAGGAGUCCAGUGAGAAGCAGCUCACUCGUGUGGCCGUUAGUCCUUCUCUGUUGGUCGAAUAUAUUUUUGGUAUCUAUUUUGCCAUGUUCCAUGGCCAGCACACGAUUGCUCUCAGGGCUGUCGAGUCUAUCCACAACAGGGCCAGUUACGAGCUGUACUCGGAUGUGUUGCUGGUGACUGGUGCCAUUUUACACUCCCGCCACCGAGGCAAUUUGAGGUUUGAGGCUACAGAGGUCAGUCUGGGCACUCAAAAGACAACCUACUCUCUGAAGAACACCAUAACUAAUGCUUCCUUCAAGGCCAAGAAGUUACCAGAUGACAUAGACUUUGUGGAAGAAGACGAGAACCCUAAACUGCCGCCCCUGGACGAAGAUCAGGAACACUCUCUAGCCAAAGGUUUCAAGGCCAAGCUGAUGAAUAUUGGUGGCAAGCUUGCGGGGGACAAGAACCGCAACCGUGACACAGUGAGACGAGACAGUGAUACCCCUUCUAUGAAAUCAGGCAGUGGGGCUGAUUUUGUUGACUCAGUUGGCGUGGCUGUGAGAAACCCUACAGGAGGAAGCAGCGGGAAGGUUCUUGUCGAUGUGCUGGAGAUGCAGCCUCUCAGAGGGAAGGCAAACCAGGAUGUUGAUGGGGAGGGCACUGGUAGAAACUCUUUUGGAGAUAAAAAUAUCGGGGAAAAUAAGCAAGGGAAAGUGUCUUCUUCCCCGAUAGUUUUUUCUAAGAAGUCUGGGAUCAUAAGACAGACAUCCAACAGUACCUCAGGGCUGGUGAACUCAGAGUCGGCAUCUGUUACGCCAUUAGGGUACACAAUAUCUGCUCCUUCAUCACUUCUAGCAGUGUCAUCUCCACCAACAUCCUCCUCUUCUAAUGUGAUCAAUGGUAGAGCCAGUUCAGGUGGUAGUAACAGCGUCAUUAGCAGCAUUCGUCAGAACCUCACAGACAAUAGAUCAAAGCCUUCAGACUUACCUCAUAACCAUCGAGCCCAGUCUGAAGGACCUAGUAGAGAUGGGUCCAAACUGGGUUCAAACCAGUCAUCUUACCCAUCCUUGCUAUCAUCCCAUCCAUUCCCAAACAGCCAGGACUCUAACUUCCCCACCAACCUCUCAGAACCAUCAUUAAGAGAUCAUUCCACCUCAGCUUCUCCAACUGACUUAUCUGCCAGUUCUGAUUCUGUACCAGCAGACGUCGAGUCAGCUGGUGGAGCCAGUCCCUCGCUGAAAAUGGCGGUUAACCAGACUUCAUGUAGUACAAACUUAUGA